GGAGAAUAGCGUUUCACUGAAGUAUCGAGUGAUCGACCGCAAGUUAGGUGUUGCAUCAGAUCUCAGUCAUGAAUAUAGCGGAACUCCAGACCCAAGUUUUCUAUGAACAAACUAAUUCGUUGUGGGUUUUCGCAUAUGGGUCCUUGUGUUGGAGACCGGGUUUUCAAUUCCGAAGGGCUGUUAUGGGCCAUGUCAAGGGAUUCCAGCGGAGAUUUUGGCAAGGGAACACUCAACACCGGGGCACUGAGAAGAAACCGGGACGCGUGGCGACGUUAGUAGAAGGACAGGGCAAAGUGCAUGGCAUUGCGUUUGCGUUGCACGGGGAAGCUGCCAUUCCGUAUCUCUCGCAGAGGGAAGAGAAACUGGGUGGUUACGUUUCUCAUUUUACUACCUUUCAUCCCAUGCAAGGGGAGCCUUUCCAAGUGCUGGUAUACAUAGCAGACUUCCGCAAUCCCCACUGGCUGGGGUACGCCGACGAAAAGGCCAUCGCCAACGAAAUAAUAAACUGCAAAGGACCGUGCGGCACAAACGUCGAGUAUGUCAUUAGGCUAGCUAACUUCAUGAGGGAACAUUUCGCCGAAGAAAACGACGCGCAUUUGUUCACGAUAGAAGAGGAAGUGCUCAUGAUAAUGGACGAUAGGAAAAUAUGCCUGAGCAGCCUCAUGGGCACCGGGGAAGGCUGCGUGACGUUCGUCAAAAAGGAGGAGAAAGAAGACAGCUAUUGUUAUAUCGACGACAUUAAAAGUAAGAAGAUUGAUGCGUUUCAAUUCGCGAUGAAAAUCCAAGGGACGCAACUCCGCUGCCUGAACUUAUAAUUGAAUUCCAAACGUCCUUUAAGGCAAGCUUGCUGUCGAAGGGUCGAACCGUGCAGGAUAAAUACCAAAGUUUUUUUUUUUGGAAGAUGUUAGUAGAUACGGAUCAAGACAACAAGUAGUUUUUGCAUCUAGUUUUUUAAGGCCCACGUCAUACAGACAACGAAUUAGUUUCAAAACACUUUCUUCAUUGAUAUGUCAGCUUAACUACUUUCUGAAUUCUAACAAGUUUUUAAAUAUAAAUCAGUCAUUGAAAUGCCAAAUUAGGUAAGGCUGGUCCUUACCUCCAAUGUUAAGCAGGUCAUGAAUUUUAAUGAAUAAUCACUUUCUUAUCAAGGAAAACUAUCUGCUCCAUAUUGACAAACCUUGCUUUAUUGUUUUUAAUAGGCGACUCCAUUACAUGAUUCAGUCACCAAAUAUAUUUUUAGUUUAAGGCGAUUGUCAUUUAAGAGAAAUAUUCAUUUUUAGAUCGUAUUAUUAGUGUGAAUGCGAGUGGCUCCAGUAUUACCAAUUUUUUAGAUGCAAAAAUUAUGGUUAGACUUAGUGCAUUAAUUUAAUUGUUUCUUAAAGUUAAAGACAGUUAUGUUUCAAAUCGGUUUUCAUCAAAAAUUGAUUCCAUUGUAUACGUUCUAACUAUUUUGAUGAAGGCUGGUUUUCGAAGAAUUUUAAUAGAUAUUUUUUAGCUACAGUGUAGUGCAAAAAUGUCACUUUUGUAUUGUGAUUGUAUUUUUAUUAUGUUAUUACUAUUUUAAUUAUAUUUUUUUAAGGACAG